GCUUGCGUGGUUCCAAUAUGGCGGCUUCUGUAGUGAAUUGAAUUAGAGAAAAAAUGUAGAUUUAUUCCUUGCCAGGUAAUAAGUAAUCAUGCCGAACUGGUAUUUCAGUAAAGAGGGCUUGGUGAGAACACCAUCGAGGCUGGAUGGUAUCGAUUAUAUGACAGAGACACGUUACAGAAGAGAAGGAACACGAUUCAUUAUGAAUUGUGGAAACAAGAUGAGAUUGUAUCCUUUCAUAUGAAUGUUUGUUGUGAGCCUAUUUGUUAAGCUUAUUACUUCCCAAGUGGUAAUCACUUACUCAUGCUGAUAUAGGACUAUGAACUACACUGCCAUUUGCAGGCUGCCUGCAGUAAUGCCCCGCUUAUAAUUCCAGUUUCUAGUGUGGUCAGUCUGAGGCAGGCCUUGAAAAAAUAAAAAAAUAUUUUGAGACUGGACCUUAAGCCUACUUUUCAAAAAUACUUUACUAGAGAAUUAUUUUUUAAGAAAUUCAUGUCGAUUUUUAUCACGGUUACUCCUUUGUUUUUGGUUAUUUCUGUGCACAGGCUAUGUGUUACAGAAACUGUUCAUUUCGCCACCAAGUCAUCAUAACCUAGUUACUUAGCACCCCAUUUGUAAAGCCCCCUAUUUGUAACGUGCUUGCUUUGGUUUAUGGCUUAAAGAACAAGGAUUACUACUCCGGGUGAAAUUACUUGGGGGCAAAAUAACCGUAAAGCACAUAAACUACAUUACAGUAAUACAUUAUAGCGUGAUGACCUGCCAUAUAUUAUAUAAUGCUUGAACCAUAUGAUGUUUGAUAUAUGCUAUAUCUGUAGUCUUAAAUACUUUGAAAAGCCUUUUUUUGCACUUUUCAAGCGGGUGUAAAUCCUUAAUCAAGUGAAAAUCAGACGUUAUGAUACUAUGGCUACAGGUGCUGUAUACUUCCACAGAUUUUAUAUGGUGCAGUCUUUUAAAAAUUUUCCUCGCUGGGUAGGUGUUUAUUAGUUUUAUGUACAUCAAGUUUCUCUUCCAAAAGAUGGAUAACACUAUCCACUGAAUAAAUCUCUAUCCAGUGGAUAGCUCAAUAUAUUGGUUUCCCUAGUUCUUAUCAGCUGGAUAGUGAUUUAUCCAGCAGAUAGUGCUAUUCAACGUUUGAACAACUGGAGCCAGGUUGACAAUGCUAUCCACCAGACAUUUGUAAAUCACUAUCCAGUAGACAAGUGUGGGGAAGCAAUUAUUGAGUUAUCCAGUGGAGAAUGAUUUAUACGGUGUCUAGUGCUGUCCACACUUUGAUCCUCUGGGAAAUGGUUACAUGUAUGCGUUGGUCUUUAGCAUUUGCAGGGCUCUUGACUAGUACAAAAUAUUUUGUACCAGUUUUAUAUAUUGUGUACUGGUAUUAAAAUAAAUUGUAGCAAAGUGCAGAUUGAACUACAGCAUAUACAUUGAUCAAUAUCUUACCCAUGAUGUACAUGUUACUAAAACAGUUUCUAAUGGCAUGAACCAUUUGAUAAAGAUAGGUAGAAUAAAAUUAAACAUCUUUUUGUGAAUAGCUUUGUUUUCAGUAAACUUUUGUAUUGUUCCUUAGUAUGGGGGAACACAUCUAAACGUAACCUACACAAACUGCAGUUGGUACAAAAUUUUGCUGCCAGAGUUGUAUUAGGUUUAAAGAGGUUUGACCUCAUCUCCCAGGAAUGUAGAUCUCUUAAAUGGUUAGAUGUUACGGAGAAGGUUCUGUUUAAUGAUGUAGUUUUAGUAUUCAAAUGUGUAAAUGGCUUGGCUCCAGAUUAUUUAGGUAAAUAUUUUAUUGAACAUUCAGCAGUUCACAACAAGAACACAAGGCAAUGUAACAAUUUUGUGAUCCCCCAAUGUAGACUGUCAAUGGGACAAAGGGCAUUUUAUUUUCGGGGUCUAAGGGAAUGGAAUGGGCUAGAUGACAAUAAUUAUUAAGAACACUAAAGAUAUUGAUAGUUUUAAGCAGACACUUUUUAAUAAUAUGUUUCAUACAAAAUAAUUUUGAAUAUAUUUUGAAUAAUUCUGAAUGUAUUUUGAAUUUCAUUAAACUACUGUAAAUAAGUUUUCUUUUGUUAUUUACCAGUAUAAUGUAAUAGUUAACAUUGUGACUGAAAAGCCCUGUUGAAGGGAGUCUCAAUAAAGUAUGUAUGUAUGUAUAUAUGUAUGCAUUUCGCUCCUGUUGCCUUUGCGUGCAGUCACUUGAGCUCCUAAUAGACUUGGCAUCAAUAAUGACCCUGUAUAGUAUAGUAAUGUUCCAACCAACUGAUGCCUUAAAAGAAGUAUCCUAACUGGAUAUUUUCUCUUUACCUUGAACUGUUUUGCAAUAGGUCACUAGUGCUGCUUGCUUGUUUCUUGCUGGAAAGGUGGAAGAAACUCCAAAAAAGUGCCGAGAUAUAAUCAAGACAGCCAAAAGUAUUUUGACAGAUGCUCAAUUUGAAGUUUUUGGUGAGGACCCAAAGGUAAACAUUUACAAAAGCUAAUUAACUGGAGAAUGCAGUGGUUUUAUUGGAACCCCAUAGCACUUUGUACUAUUAGUUAAACUGGAGGAAAGUUUACAGUGGACCAUUGCUGUCUACCAGGCAUUUUAUGUUAUUUGCAUGGAACCAAUGUUAUACAAUAUAGGCAAUUACCAAACCAUUUGUGUAGUUUUGAGUAAUAAUACAUGUAUAUAUACGUUGAAAUAUGUGACCCAAGGAACUGCAAGGAAAAGGAACAGGGAAAAUUAAUAUCCAUCUGUGACAUGUAUUGUAUUUUGCUUUAAUACUGGUACCACCAUGGCUUUUAGAAACAAUAUUCAAGAAAAUUUCUUUCCAGCACUCAAGUCUGAAAUCAUCAUCUGCCAAAAGCUGCUCUCAUGAAACUUGAACAUUUUUCAUUAGCCUAAUUUUUUUGUGUCAGAUGAUAGUGGGUAACUGAUUAAUUUAGGCACCUGAAUAAAGUUUUCAUUACUUGUGACUGAUUUUUUUUCUAGGAAGAAGUAAUGAUGUAUGAAAGGGUGUUGCUUCAAACUAUUAAAUUUGAUUUACAAGUGGAACAUCCGUAUCCAAGCCUUCUAAAGUUCGGAAAAGCCUUGAGAGGUAUGUGAGCGAGCCUGCAGAUUGCUUAAGAAAAGGAAGAUUUCACAUGUGUGUACCUUUGAUUCAACUGGAGGCUGAUAUUAAAAAAUUUACAAAAAUUCCAAGUUUCUGUUUGUAAAAUCCAAAGAAACAGAUGGUGUUAUGCAAAAAGUCUGCCAAACGGGCAAAGAGAUUUCAUUUUCAUUCAAGUGGUAACACUAUAGGAUUUUGUCUACAGAAUAAUUGAUUUAAAAGAAUGCAUGACAAGUUAUCCCGCCACACCUUGUUUAGGAUCAAAGAUUAAAGCUGCGUUGUUUAGCCCUAAUUUUUUUUUAUGAUAUUUAAGUUAUCAUAAAUUGUUUAUAAAAUCCCUAAAAUUUUUUUUUUAUGUUCAUGAUUAUUUUAUAAUUAACAAAUAGUUCAUCGUCAGCGUGCGUAUGUCGAGAUAUUGAGCACGUUUUGGAUCAACUCUAGCCUCUAAAUAACUGUAUCAAUGCAGCAGUUAACUGAAAUAUUUUUUUCCUCACAGUUAAUCUUAAAAACUGAGAGAAAGUGUACAAAAUGAUUGUAAAAUCCAUAUUUAGGUGCCGAAAAACUAUUAAUUUACCGAAAAAUUGUUAUUGAGAGAAAACAACUUUGCAAAGAAUGAGCUCACGCCAUAGCCCGCACAGCUCGCUGGAGAUGACAACAACAACAACAACACUCACCUCUUUUCCUUACUAUCGAAAAAUAAAAAAUUUCAAAAACACAUGGUAAACCUUGUCUAUUGCUGAGUUUUGCACUCAAGAGACUCAGGAUUUUUCAGAAUAGGAAUAUUGUUUUGAAUUUUUAUAAUUUUCUAGCUAUGUUAUAAUUUACAGUUGUUUCGUUCUCCCUCUUGGAUUUCUACUGUGGCAUAAUUUUUACUUGUGCACACAAGUAAAUUUUACACCCGUAAAUAAAAGAGAGGCAAUGUAUCAAAGGUCACGCGUUAACAUUAUGAUUAAGGUUGAACCUCACUCAGCUCUUACGUUUACGCGCAGCCUUUCAUACAUCGCCUCUAUUUUUUAAUUAUUUACACACGUCAAAUUUCCGUGCAUGUGCAUGUGAAAAUUAUAUGACAAUGGAAAUCAACCCAAACGAUUAAUGAUGUUGUCUCUUUCUAAUUUUUAUAAUACACAAACUUUUCAUGAAUAUCUCGGAAACAAGAGAAGAUAUCCCAGAAUAUAAAACUUGGUUGUUCUCUUUGUUGAAAGUACUUUUAAUUAGCUUGAUGUUCGCUUCUUUUUUUGCUUCUUGGGGACUUAUAUCAUUUUCAUUUGUGAACUCAUUUCAGGUGACCGCGCAAAAAUCAACAAACUUGUCCAAAUGGCAUGGACAUUCUCAAAUGACAGGUUUGACAUUGCAGUUCAUAAUGUUAAGUCUGUGUAACCGUUUUGUAGAUGUGUGAUAAUGUUAGUAGCUCACUCCUAUGCCUCUUUUUUGUGAAAAUGACAAACCUUUGUGUAUUAAAUAACAACCAUGGUGAUACAAAUAGUCCUUACUCAACGAAUCAACACUAUUGCCUGAUGAAGACCAGCAGUAUGUGGUCGAAACGUCAUGAUCAAUACCUAAGGGACAAUCGUGAGACAAACGAUUAACGAAACCCUUUAAACACAUUAUCCACUAUGAACAAUACCUUUCAUGAUAUAAUGGUGAUGUUGAUGAUGACUGAUGAUUGCAAAGAAGUACUGGUUGAUGGUCUCUGUAAUGUACCAAGUUUUAAAAGUGCCUCUGAAAAAUAAAAAUUAAAUAAUUUAUUGUUAAAUAACAGUAUUGUAUUGAAUCCUCUAGUCUAUCCACUACAUUGUGUUUGAGGCACAAGCCUGAGGUCACUGCUGUAGCUAUGAUAGCACUGGCUGCCAAGUUUAACAACCAUGAUCUUCAAGCAUCUGCAAGUGUACCUGGGAAAACAUGGUUCCAAUCAUUUACCAAGGGAGUUCCUGAAUCAGUUAUUGAAGGUACUUUAGUAAUUCUUAUCUCUUGAAAUGAUCAAGACCGCAAUAAUUUUUUAAAAUAGUGCAACUUUUUAAAUUUUAACAAACACAUUUCGACGGUACAUCUGUCAUCGUCAGUGUGACGGUUAUGAAAGUUUACCGCUGAUAAAAUGUGCCUGUUACAAUGUACAGUACACGUUACAUUGCGUUGGAAAAAAAUACACUGCAUAUAAAAUUUAGAGUUAACAAAAUUAACAGAUGCGUGUGCGUGCAUCUAUAGAGAAAGCAUGAGAUGGAUGUGUUUGACCUGUUGAUUAAGGUCAGGCUUUUCCCACUUAAUGUACAUAGACUCCUUAAGCUUAACCUGAUACCUUGUAGGGGCGAGUGUAAGAUCUUAAAGCAGUCUAAGUUACAGGAGGUAUGACAAGACUCUGAAACCUGUAAGUGCUUAUAAACAUGAAACGAUCUGUCCGAUGACAUGUGCUUGUGCAUGAGCUUGGAAAAGUGUCUGAUUAUUUCGCCAACGUAACAAGAGUUACAGCUUGCACAGGAAAAUUUGUAGACAGAGAGAGGAUCUUUCACGUUGAAUAAGUUCUUAAUUUUAAAAGUGGAAUAAACAAACUUGAUGUCAAUUGGUUUACAGAACCGGUUGAUGAGUUUGCACACCCUCGGUUGUGCGACACCCUAAAAAUACCCGAUGUAGGGGAUGUUGAAAUAGUGCCUAGGCAACUCUUGCUGCUUGACACCUGUCGAAGGUCGAGUAUCUACUUAUCUCUUGCUACCAUGGCAUGUGACAUAACGACUUCUCCUCUCUGUUUUGGCCUGCAUGAGAAUCUCAUGAAACGGUUUUUUGAAAUUACAGUAUGUAGUUUGUUUUAAGUGUUGUAGAGGCCAUACCAACAGUAUGUCUAAAUGGAAAACUUGGCAGGUUUUCUUAUAAAAAUGAAAACAAUUCCUCAUGAGAAUGAUAAAAAAAUAUAUUUCUUAAAAUGUUACAAUUUUUCUUGUAGAAGAAAACUUGCUUGAAUGUGCAAAUAAUACAACGUAAUCAUGUCUUUACUAUGGUAUUUUAAGGCAUAUGCGAUGAAAUGAUGGAACUCUAUGGUGGUGGAAAGAAGAAGGAGAAAACAGAAGCUAGUGAUGAAGGAAGUUCAUCAAAUCAUUCCAGUCCAUUGCCCAGCUCGAGUCCUCCAGCAAAGAAAAGGGUAGGACCAGUUAUUCCAAAGUUUUUCUUUAGUUUCCCACUUUUAUGCCUUCUAAAAAUUCAACAAUCACUUGUUCUUUACAGUAGUUUUUUUAAAAAAUAAUUGUAAUUGUUUUUUUGUUUGUUUGUUUCUUGUUCUUUUUUUCUUAUUUUUUCUGUCUUUUUUCAGAAACACACCAGUAUUUCAUCUGAGAUCAAAUCCCAGACAACUGCAUCCGGUGAGAAAGGUUUUUCUGUAGUUAGUUAUUUAUUUAUCUGUUUAUUUAUUCAUUAUAAUAAUACUAUCGUUGAUACCAGGCGUGAUGACAAUCAUUCAAGUACAAGUCUUCUUCGUGGUCAUACCUGCCAUUAUAUGACCACAGAGAUGCAGUCUCGAAUAUCUUGAAUGAAUGAACUUUAUUUAAGUGUCAGAGUAUUUAGCUAGUUAUUAGUUAAUUGUGGACACUAAAAGAACAUUCCAAAUAAAAAAUAAAAAAUUAAAAUAGGGAUGCUACGAAUGUUACAAAUCUAUUUUAAAAUGUACAAUCAUUUUGAAGACAGGGAAGGUUCAGCAUGAAAGUCUAAAAAUUUGUACUAUUCACAAAUUUAAUAUCACUUAUCUUGUUAUAUAUAAAGACGUGUGAACACGGUGGAGAACGUCACAUUUCCUGUUAUAUUUAUCCAUCUGAUAAAGCGUCAGCUAACCACAUCAUAUAGUAACGCAAGACUGAAGCGAUUGAGAUAUUUCUUUCUAUACUUAAAUAAAUACCGUCAACUGCCGCUAGUAAGCUUCCUACUUAUAACCCCGCCCCCCUCCUGUUAUAGGCCCAUCUACCUACAAACAAAAUAAUAUAUUCCCCCUCCAGAUGUAUUGAAAUUAACGCGAUUUAUUAUGGCGUUUUGAAGGUAAGUUAAAAACCAGUAAAUCUAAAACGUGUUUUGAUCAGCACUGCUAGUAUGUUUCGAGGCGCUUUUUCUAUUCCGAUUAAGAGCCCCCUCGGAUUAAGCCCCUCUCCGUUUAUAAGUCUUCCCAAAACUAGCCUGUGAACAGACUCUCUGUUUGGGGAAAGGGUGAAAAAAAUCGCGAUUUUUUCACUCCUUCCCCAAAAUGAGAGUCUGUUCACAGGCCAUCCCAAAACCCCUUACGAAGAUGUAUAGAGUGUUUUCACUCACGUGGCCAGCAUCUAUGCAAAUUUAUUGGAACAAAAGAAAGCGUUUGCAUAUGAAAAGAGUUCAACUCCCACAGGAUUGGUUUAGGACACCAACAUGGUGGCCGUCUCAUUGUUUUGGGACACCAAUAUGUCCGCCGUGACGUCAUGUGAAAACACUCUAUAAACCCAGGGCUUAAAAGCUGCAGUUAACGGUAUACUAAUUAGUUUUUUUCCACUGCUUUGAAGAUACUCCUCCUGUCGCCAGCCAGACACCGGCAGAACCACUAAAGCCACUUCCACCAGCUCUAACGUCAUCUCACAUACAAGUGGAGAAUGUGAGUCCUGCACCUCCCGCGCCCACCCCCUCACAGCAGCAACAACAGCAACCUGUCACGGUCACGACAGAACCUCCAAAAGUCACGCAAACUGUAGACACAACAUUUGUCACAGCAGCUCAAACCGGAAAGCAAACCAGCGACAUGACUGCAGCCGCAAAUGUUCACCAGCCGACCCUAGCGGUGUAUUCCACUGUCACGUCAUCUUACAUAGGGGAGCAAAGUUACGCCAUGAACCCUUAUCAACAGACAGUGCAGCCAGCAGGAGGGGUGACGCUUACAACAAAUGCGUCAUUUCAAGCGUCUGUUGGUAGCUCAAACCUUGGUUCUAUGGCGUCCUUCCAUCUUCCAACUCAAUUUCAGAAUCAGUCUUAUUUGCCACCAACUCAGGCCUAUCCCCACUUCCCUGCCCCUGGGGGCUACCCUAAUGCCCCUCCACCUCCUCUCCCACCCGUUCCUCCCAGUUCUCUUUAUCCUCCCCCUCCAAGUGGCAUCAACACUCUCCAGAACCCUCCUGGAUAUAGCAUGCCUCCUCAAACCAGACCACCCCAUCCGCCCAUGUCGCUUCCUCCUCCACCCCUCCCUCCAUUACAUAGCGGACAGUUGCCGCCAUUACCACGAGUAGGUUCUACUGAUUUUCAGUGGCCAAGGCAAUUUGGAGUUCCUCCAACGCAAAGCCAGCAGAUGGGAGGUUGGAUGAAAUGACGAAAUGGAUAUUGCUGAUUCAGAUACCGUGUGGCACUUUAUUCGUGUGGGUUCGGAUUUUUGCGUUUCUUUUUCCCGCAAGGAAAAAAACACAAAAAAUCGAAUACAUGGUCAAACAACUGUCAAAUGUCGUUUGAAUAGGUUUGGUAAAGUAAGAAAGCGACUACAAAUAUGAAGAAUACCGGCAUGAAUCAAAUCCUACCACUCAAAGAGGUUGGGCCUGUAUUUUGUCUCCAUCAGGAACGUAAAAGCUUUGAAUGCAGUUGUUUCUGUGAAUUUCAGAAAUAAAUUUCCAGUGAAAAAGUUCAGAUCAGUUGGCUCAGGUUUCAAUAGGAGAGGUGCAGUUCAUGGCUAAUGCCAUGGAGAGGCAUGGGCAGUAAAUAAAGUUUUCAACUACGUUUUGAAAAUGAAGGUUCAAUUACCUCUGGCGACAAUUUCAAAGAUACUCUACUUACUCAAAUAAGCGCCGCGACGCUUGUUACAUUUUCACGCCUCUAAUGUUGCGCUUGUUCGAUGGCGGCGUUUAUUUGAAAGUUGGACGCGACAAACAAUGGUUUAAACUACGGUCUUUUUACUUUCGGUAUUUAACUAACAGAUUGAACGUCUUUAGAUGUUGAUUUUAGAGAGUUUAAGCUUCACGUAUGCGACAAACGUCAGAUUCAAGUUGAGAAUUUCUCAAAAUAGAAAGUGAGCAAAUAAAAACAGUUCAAAAUAAUUCUUAUGGAUAAAAAAAUCGCUGCGGAAUGUGGAUACCAAGAUGGCGGGUGGAGAGUUAAACGCGUACUGUAUAACCUCCACCCACUUGUAACCGCUCUGUGGUAGUAGCCAAGUCGACAGCUUGGCUCCUUUGGCUUCUGCACAUUUUUUCCUAAGUUAUGUUUAAUUCAAUGUAUAGUUAGCUCUGUUUUUACUCCUUUUAUUGUUGUUGUAUUGUAAUUGAAUAAGUGUAAAUAAAUGAACUUGAACUUGAUUUAUGUGUAGAGAUAAUAAAC